GCUCAGCAGGACUGCCGGAGGCUCGACGACGUGGACUCGGAGACUCGUUGGUGCAGGUAAAGAUCUCUCUCUCUCUCAUUCUAUUGGUGGGUGAAAGAUUAAUAUUAAUAUAUAAUAAUAAUAUUACACGAUUCAACAAUGGCAGAGAUUACAUGCGAGUGCGACAAUGUCCCACCUUCUAAAUACCAGUGCCAAGCUCUACUUUGCCCCCAGAGCCCAUCUCUUUACCUCUUCUUCUAGCUUUGCUCGUAACCCUUUUCUCCGAAUCCCUUCUUCCAUUCCAAAGCCCAUUUCUCCUCUCAUUGCUAGGGUCUAUCUUUCUUCUAAAGCUUCCAAUCCCACCAUGGGAGACUCUGUCGACGCUGGAAUGGACGCUGUCCAGAGACGCCUUAUGUUUGAGGACGAAUGCAUUCUAGUGGAUGAGAACGACUGGGUUGUUGGUCAUGAUACAAAAUAUAAUUGUCACUUGAUGGAAAAGAUUGAAAAGGAAAAUUUGUUGCAUAGGGCUUUCAGUGUGUUUUUGUUCAACUCAAAAUACGAGUUGCUUCUUCAGUUUUCUAUAUUCCUGAAAUUUCAUGCACUCAUGACCAUGUCUACAUAUCUUUUCUUUGUGGGAAAUGUUUCUUGUACUUCUUUAUCUAAUCUUCAUGUUUGGUUUGAUAGUGAGUUUGGAGCAAAAGUUGGAAAGGACCCUGUAAAAUCAAUAUUAUUUGAGAAAAUGAAGGAUACAAUGGUAUGA